UUAGAAUCAUAUAACACAAAAACUCAAAUUAUCCAUUUUUAGCUGUAAAGUUGGUGCUCCACUUCUCAACGCUCUUUACGUACUCAUCAGCUGCAAUUUCUUCAUUUUCCUCUUUCUUCAACACUGAAACCAUCAAUUUUGAUAUGGGGCGGUUUCUUUUGAGCUCUCUCUAUCUCUCUCUCCUCUCAACUCUUUUCUCCGUAAGCCUGGGAGGAGUAGAGCAGGCUAGCUUGCCGCCGCGGGGUUGGAACUCGUAUGAUUCGUUCUGUUGGACCAUUUCCGAGGAAGAGUUUCUUAAGAAUGCUGAACUCGUUGCUCACCGCUUGCAUAGUCAUGGAUAUGAGUACGUGGUGGUGGAUUAUCUGUGGUAUAGGAGGAAAGUUGACGGGGCUUAUGUAGAUUCUCUUGGAUUUGAUGUUAUUGAUGAAUGGGGAAGGAUGAAGCCUGACCCGGGUAGAUGGCCUUCCUCUAGAGAUGGGAAAGGGUUCACCAAAGUGGCUGAGGAAGUGCAUAAAAUGGGUUUGAAAUUCGGCAUUCAUGUUAUGAGAGGUAUCAGCACGCAGGCAUUCAAUGCAAACACACCUAUCCUUGAUGUUAAUACGGGCAAAGCAUAUGAGGAGUCGGGGCGGAAGUGGUAUGCAAAGGACAUAGGAAUCAAGGAGAGGGCUUGCACAUGGAUGCAAAAUGGUUUCAUGAGCGUCGACACCAAAUUAGGAGCUGGAAGAGCGUUUCUGAGGUCACUGUAUCAACAAUAUGCUGACUGGGGUAUUGAUUUUGUCAAACAUGAUUGUGUAUUUGGCAAUGACUUCAGCCUAGACGAGAUAAGCUAUGUUUCAAAGGUCUUAACCGAACUUAACCGUCCUGUUGUGUAUUCCUUAUCUCCUGGAACAAGUGUGACACCAGCCAUGGCAAGGGAUGUUAGUAGUCUGGUCAAUAUGUACAGAAUUACUGGGGAUGAUUGGGAUAGAUGGAAGGAUGUGGCUGGCCAUUUUGAUGUUUCUCGGGAUUUUUCUGCUGCAAAUAUGAUUGGAGCAAAAGGCCUGCGUGGGAAGUCCUGGCCAGACUUAGAUAUGCUUCCAUUGGGGUGGCUUACUAGUGAAGGUUUAAAUGAAGGCCCUCAUAGACAAUGCAACCUCACUCUAGAUGAACAAAGAACGCAGAUGACAUUGUGGUCCAUGGCGAAGUCUCCUCUCAUGUUCGGAGGAGAUAUGAGACACCUUGACGAGGCAACAUUCAGCCUGAUUACUAAUCCUACUCUCUUGGAGAUAAACGCCUUCAGUUCAAACAAUUUGGAGUUCCCCUACUUCUCAAGUCCAAGCUUCUGUCGUGUAAAAAAUCAUGCAUUAGAUGGACCUAGAAUCUCUGAACCACUUUCUUUGGGCCUCACCAGCUGCAAAGAUGCUGAGGCGGCUGGAUGGUCUGCUAGAGCUAUUGAAGAUGGUCAUGAACAAGUCUGUUGGCAGGACGAGUCAAGAAACGGGCAGCAAGAGCCUUUUUGCCUUUACAAAAAACAACCUUUUUCGUUAAACGAUGAUGUGACAAACAAUCGUUACUAUGACGGGAAAGUCCAUUUGUUGAAGACAAAGGAGGCGGAGGCUUGCCUGGGUGCUUCUUCAAACACAAAGCUUACUUCCAAGGAAUCGAAAAGGGGAUCAUUUUCAACAUGUAAAUUGCAUACCAAUCAGAUGUGGGAACUGACCAAUAAUGGCACCCUGACAAAUAGCUAUUCUGGCUUAUGUGCAUCAAUGAGGAGAGUAAGAGCUAAUUCUGUGUCCAAAAGCGUUCGUGCUUGGAUCGCAACUGGAAGAAGAGGAGAAAUAUAUGUUGCGUUUUUCAACCUAGGCGAUCAGAAGACCGACAUAUCAAUGAGGGUAGCUGAGUUGGGCAAGGUGCUCCAUGGUAAAAAAUUUAGCACUGCUUUGUGUAAAUGCAGAGAAGAAUGGAGUGGGAAAGACUUUGGAGUCGUAGACUCGUUUUCGACCCAAGUAGAAGUCCAUGGAUGUGCUCUUUUCGUCCUAAACUGCUCUUAUAGUACUCCUACCCCUCUUCUCAACCAAGAAAAUGACCAAGAGAAAAUCAAAUGCAAUGAAGAGAAAGGAGGCAACGCCAUUGCGCCUGCUGAUCGCAUCAGCCUUGGAAAGCUUGAUGCUUUUCUAAUGAUCACCAUUGUAAUUCUUUUGUUUUUUGAUUUGUAAGUAUAAGUUAUAAAUUAAUGAUAUUUCGUUAAA